UCCUCAGUUCUCUAGUCCUAUUAUCUUUUGUCGCAUAAAUUUUCUUUUAAUCGAUUUUCAGUUACAGAGAGGUAGUUGGAAGAUGGGGAUAAUAAAGAGCACAUUCUCUUUAAUGACGGGAACUGUGUUGGGAGUCUAUAUUGCCCAGAACUACAAUGUUCCCAACAUUAAGAAGCUCGCCGACACCGGGCUCUUGUUCAUGAAGCACAUCGAAGAAAACUAUCGGAAACCCAAGAAGAGAGACGACGAUGAUGUUUAGCUGCCGUGGAUUUCCCAGGUUUCUUCGUCUUCUUCUUCAUUCACUUACGAUUAUGCGGAUUUAAUCUUGAUUUUUUCUUUUUGGGUACUCCAGAAAGAGGGA